AUGUACACAGCAGAAGUCGAACACAAAUUGGAACGCUGGCAUCUGCAGUGUGAUGCACUCUGGCGGCAUAUCUUCAACAUCAUUGUGCAAGCCACACUGUCCGAAACUCCUCUGCUUGCCUUCAUCAAUGGCCAUGGUAACAUUGUACUCCCAACUGCAACAUCAGGAUAUGCUGCUCAAUUGUAUUUUAGAGGAUGUACCACACAUUCAACUUUUAAGGUUCCUGUCAACAACAAAAACGAGCUGCUUAAGUCUCUGAUUACUACUCAAUCAUCACGAGGUGACUUCAUCAACCAAGCGCAAGCAAUUAUGUGGGAUCAAGCUCUAAUGGCAAACAAGGCGGUCCUUGCCUGCAUGGAAGAAGUGCUGCGAACAGUCUCUGAAUGCCUUGAACUACCUUUCAGCAGAAAAGUGUUUGUUUUACUUGGUGACUUCUGGCAGACUUGCCCUCUGACGACACCGAUACACAAUGCUGAGAAUCCCAAGUUUGCAGACUUUGUGAACACGAUUGGUGAUAGAGCUGGCCCCAAUGUUGCGCUUGACAUGCUGGGCAAAGUGCGUUUGGAAAACAAACUAAUAGACUUUGUCUUCCCUGUUAAUGUGCUCUUUCAACCCCGCAUGUGCUGCCACUGGCCGAUCCUCACUCCAACCAAUGCCCAGGUAGACGUGUACAAUGCAUUCAUAGUUGACUGCAUCAAAGGCAAACAAUGGACCUACCUUGCAAGUGACUCACUGAAAGAGGCAACAGAAGCGCAGCUACCCAUGCCCAAUAAUAACAGCCUCCUUGAUUAUGCUGCGAGGCAUACACCUCCUGGUUUACCGCCACAUACUUUGGUCAUCAAGACCAAUGCCAUCUACUGUCUGCUACACAACUUCUCUCUUGACUGA